CAAAUACCACAGAUGUUCACAGAACUGAACGUGUUAAGUCACACGUUUCCGCUUAUACGAAAACUUAAACAGUUAAUCUAACUUUUCCGUACGAACAAACGGCUUCAAUUUUGUUAAAAUUCAUCAACAGAUAUGGUUAUUAGCAUCUGGCUUUUCAUGUCAUUUUAAAAAAGCGACGAUUAUUAAGGACAAUCUACUUCUGCUUUUAUGAUCAAUAAUUUCCAUUAAUUUUGAUCUAUGAGAAUCACCUAAAAGUUUUCAGAUUACAAUUUUCAAAUAAGACAAAUGCCUAGGAAGAAAAAAGUUAAAUCGGGGAAAAAACGUGGCAAAAGAUUGAAGACUUCUAGGAAAAAGAAGACAGUGUUAGAAGCUAAAAUAGACAAAUUUUGUGCAGAUGAGGAAAAGUACAUUGACUUUUUAAAGCGUUCAAAUUUGUGGAUAAAAUGUCAUGCGGAGCAAUUAAAAAAUCUUCUUCAUUUAACAGCCCACUACUCAGAUUUAAACUUUACAUAUGAUGAUUUUAAAGCUGCUCUGUUAUCAUUGAAGUGUCCAUUUACAAAGUUUGAAAUCGAUGUAAUUACAAGAUUGCUUGAUAAAAAUAAGAAUGGUUUUAUUGACUAUCAGGAUUUAACAUGCAGCUUAACAAAAUUAAGUCUUGAAGAUGGAACUCUAAAAGAAUUAAGUAUUGAAAGAAUAGCAAAAUCAGAUAGAGGGUCGGUUAUUUGCAAGUUUAAUUGUUUAAAUUGUAUAAAUAUCCAUGAAAGUCCAUUGCAUUUUGAGCAGUUGGUUCCAUUGAAUACAUACACUGAAGGUUUGGUUAACAUUAUUCGUCAUAAAACGUUAUUAUGGUUACCGAAGAUUUCAAUAUUUUUAAGUGUGAAUGCCGAGCCUGCAAGUGAGCUACUAUCAGAAUUAAUGCUAAGCGAUUAUGAUAUAAAAAGUGGUGCGAAAUAUGAUGCACCAAAAUUGGAUUUGUUCUACAAACCUACUGGUCAAAUAUUAUCAAAUGGUCAUUAUACUGUCGAAUUAUUAGAUACAGUUGACACUCUACAGUCUGAUCCUGUUUUAUGGUCUAAACUUGUGACAGAAAAUAUCAAAUUUCAAGAAACUUCACCACAUAAUUUUCAACUACUUGCUAAUAUAGAUAGUAGUAUAAAUCCUUUCACAUAAAGUUGCCUUCAGCCUGUAAACAAUCUCUGUAAAUACUAACGGAUGGUAGAUUUAUUUUUAAACAAUUCUGACAGAUGUUUUUAUUUUUUCAAUCUAUCCUUAUCUUACCAGUAUUAUAAUUUACUAGAAAGAAGUUAUUUUAAUAGUUAUAGCUUAGAAGUUCUGUUUUUUUGUGUACCAUUGAACGUUUAGCGAUAUCCUUGGAAAAAAAUUUUCUUUGUUGAUUAAUAAUUAGUUAAAUUUCUUCUUGAUUUAAAUCGAUUGUAAACCCCAAUGAAUCUGACUAUAAGCUUUAAUCUCACAAUUCUUGUUUCACAAUCUAUAGUGAAUGGUAGAUCAACAGUUUCUGACAUAUCAAAUAGUUUGAAAACUUAUCCAGAUUGUACACUAUUAUGGACAGAUCCGAUAGGAUAAACCUGUUGUCUUAAGUGUUUCACAACAAUAAUAUUUUUAAAUAUUAUAAUAUUUGGUUUUCAACAUUUACUUUUUCAAUGUAAUGAAUACUUUUGGGAUGAAUUUCACUGGAUUUCUGGUUAAGCCUUUUUUUAACUAAUGGACUCCAUAAGAGUGAUAAACAGUUUCAAAAAGGGGCUAAAUCUCCGAUUCAAACUACGUUCUAAACAUUCAAGAAUAUAGCUGUAAUAUCGUUGGUGAUAUGGACUAUAGUUUUGUAGUCACGUUGAAGUUCGUUAUGAUAACAGUUAAAGUAUUUAAGCAUUUCAACUCCGUUUAUACAUUAAGUAAGUAGUUAAGUAACCUCUUAAUCAUCAAAUUCUUCCUGAUAAACGGAUCCAUUCAUCAAGAAGUGAACAAGUUAUGAACGUAACAGAAAUUGUUUGUUGUAUUCUGGAUUAGAGCUAUGAAAGAUUAUACUUAACCAAAUAAGAACAUUUAUAAUCAGUGAAUAACCAUUUAAAAAAAAGGAGUUUGUUUCAUUUCUGUAAUAGACUUCAAUCAAUAUUAUUUCAUAAAUUUGUAUGUUCUAAAAAUGGAAUGUUUUACGUAGAUUAUCAUUAAAUAAAUACCUGCUGUGUGUUAUAAGACUAACUGAAGUGAACAAGGUGAAUUCCUAUAUUUCUAUGUCAAAUCUUGAAUUAAACUUACU